UGGUGGAGGAGGCAGCAACAGCAAAAGGGUUCUGUGCAAGAUGGGAAUGGAUGCUGAAUACCUCAAGAGAUGUGUUGGAACAUGCUUAGCUGAGGGACUUGCUGAAAUAGCAGACCGCCAGCCAGUGGAUCCAAUCAGUUUCCUGGCACACUGGAUUUACAGCUACAAGAAAAAAAUGAAUGAAGAAGAAAAGAGAAAGAUGCAGAGGAUGCAGUUAGAAUGUGAAAAUGAAGAAGCUCGUGCAGAACUGGAACAGACAGAAAAGUUAAAAGCAGAAGCUCUUCUGCUUGCCCAGAAAUUGGAAAAACAGCUGAAGACAAGAGCUAUUGAGCAAGACAUGAAGAUUCCAAAAGAUUAUGAUGCUACGUCGAAGCAAGAAGUACGAGAAGACAAACUGAAUCAAGGGGACUUAAACGUCAUAAAUAAUGAGUUGGGUGAGAUGCCUGAUGAAGUAAGCACUGGUGUAACUCUCCAGGAAGCUUUGACCAAAAUAACUCUGAAUGAAGAUAUGGAUUGGAUUCCCAAAGAGAUAUCAGAUAACAGAGAGGAAAACCAGUUGGAACAUUAUAAUGUAACUGAGAAUGAAUCUGGUAGACAAAUGGAAGAUGACAGAUGAGAAACACAAAUCAAGUAUAGACUUUAAUUCAAAAUAGCAACACAAUUGCUAUUUUUACUUGGAAGUAAGUCCCAUCAUGGCUUUCCUCCAAGACAAUGUAUAUAGAAGUGCCGCCUAAAGCUAAAAAGCUCCUAAAUGAGAUUAGAGUUUCCUAUUUCUCUAGUUUGCUGUAUUCUGAUAUGAAUGAUGGUGUCCUCAUAAGACAGUAUCUACUGUUUCUAGUGUUACAUGACAUGGCCAUGUACAUGCAGAGAUAGGUACUAAUACAUAGCCUUGGAAAACUGAGUACUGUACAGUGGUGCCCCGCUUGACGACGAUAAUCUGUUCCAGGAAAAUCG